AUGUUCGGAGGCCCGUGGGAUAUCUACGUGGCUAUGCAGGAAGACCCUGGCCAGCUGAGCCCAGUGACCACAGAAUACGACUCAUCUUCCCCACCCUCUUCCCCAGGCGGCUUUAUCAAGUGGAACGUCCCGGGCCAUGGUUGGGCCUUGGCCCACCAGAAGUCGGUUGAGGACGAACAGCCCUACUACUUGUAUGACACUGGGGACGGAUCCGUUCAGCUGCUGCAGUCAAAGUUAAGCCAACUGACGGACAGCCAUUUCUUCUGGGACAUCUCGCAGGCCAGUGGUGGCAUGAUCAAGAACAUAGGCACCCAAAACUGCCUCAAGAUGGGGACAGUGACCCUCGGGAAUGCGGCUGAUGAGGGUGAUGUUGGAGGAAAUGAUUGCGGACCCAGUGGCCUCCUUAACUCGAUUUUGACAAGCGACUAUGGGGCACCGAACAGGCACCAGUGCGCAGUUGUGGGUCAAACGCUGGAUUGGACAAAUCAGGGUGCAUCUUGCCAGGAGCCAGUGUAUGCCCACACCACGGACGCCACAACAGUGACGGUCAUGUGCCCGGAUGGUUUGGCUCUGCAAAGCACUUCCAUGGAGUUCCUCAGCGAGCACAAGGAGACAGACUAUAAUUUCACGUGCUGCACGCCGAUGAUGCCACCCUAUGUAACAUGGGACAACGAUGAGUACGACCUUGACUAUACCUACUGUAAUCUCUUUUUGGCCGGAGUGAAUUGGAACGGCGGUGCUGCAUACCGUUCAAACGUGAAGUGCAUGGGACGAACUUUGACUACCGUGGACGCGAGCACGCUGCCUUUGACGACCGGGACCUGUGACGCGAACGACGUCUUCCAGCAGUGGGAAUUUAUCAACAACGCCUCUAAGGACCCUUCUGCCGCGACCGGCGGAAGGCAGCCUCGCAAAGUCACGCAGGAUGACUUUGUCAGCUUGACAGACUACGAGAAUUUCGUGAACGUCAGCAACUGCGAGGCUUCCUUGACGCUCCAGGACAGCGCGUCGGCAAUCGAUGGUAUUGAUCUCGCUCUGGAGAUUUGGGAUUUCGCGAACCUCGAUGCUCAGCAGAGGCAGGCUUACCAGUAUGUGGAUCACUAUGAGGUGGUGAAAACACACGGCAAUGGGACGAAGGUGCUCUUUGCAUGCCAGGCGGCGGAGUUUGACCAAAGCAGCUCACAAGGCAGCACAUGCUCCCAGUGGGCGUCCGUGAGCCCAGAGGACUUGUCAAAAAUCUACACAGCCGCUACGACCUUGAUGAUCGAGAAGAUCUGCCCGGUUCUGAUGAACAGCUCGAUGUCCGUGAGCCCAUCUGUGGCCAAGCCCACGAAUGUAAAUGGAAUGACGCUGAAGGUCCUUGCAGCGAUCUUGCGCAACGCCCCCUACAAGACGCUUCCAUUUGGGGAUGCGCGGGGCUGGCCCUUCUUCUACAAGGGCUCCAGUGGUGAGAGGGCUCAGUCCAUGGGGUACCUCAGCGUCGCAGCCAGCGGGGAUGCUUUUUGGGGCGUCACCUGCCCACCAGGAGCUGUGGUGGUCUCGGAGGAGAAGACGCUGCCCCACUGCCUGGACAUCCAUGCUUCGGAUUCACAGGAGGUCCUGUCAGCCUACUCGGGGUCAGCAACGUGUCCUUCUGGCUAUGCCAUCAGCGGAUGGUACAACCUGCCUGGCAUCAAGGUGAGGGGCAACCAGCUUACUGGAGGUCCGCAAAAUUGGACUGAACUCAAGGUCUUCUGUCGGAGGACCAAUCUGAUUGGCUUCUGUGACCACCCAUCAAAGCCACAUUGCACCGCGGGUCACGUGGUGAAUGCUGUGAGCUACAGUCAGAACCAGUUCAAGCUGGGCUGCUGUCGCUUCCUUUGGCCCAUGGGAGCAUCCUUGUUGGCUUAUGGCCGGGUCGCGAGACCGUAUCUGAGCUUUGAGGGCUACUACUGCCCCACGCAAAUGGGCUCCACAGGCUCACCGCUCUACGGGAAGACUCCGAUGGGAGCUCUUGGUGAGCCGGGCACCUCCUCGGAUUUUGAUUUCACGCUGUCUUGGGACAAGUUCAGUGGGGAUUGGAAUCUGCGGAAAGGGACGGACACGCUGUAUGCAGUCCACAGCAACGCCCUCUCGCCCACAGAGACGCUUUGCUCGCAACACAGGGCUAGCCAUCUACAGGUUGUUCGGGGUCCAGGGGGUUCAAGCAUUUGUCUGAACCCUAAACUAAACCCUCUAAACCCUAAAGCCUACACCCUAAACCCUAAACCCUAA